AUGGACGUCAAGUACCCCAACGGCUCCGUCAAGAAGGUGAGGCAGGCGGCCGUGGCGCCGGGGGUGGAAGAGGUGACGUACAUGGAGUGUGGCAGAAACCACGCACUGGCUAGCGGUGGGCACGUCAUGGACGGCUGCGGGGAGUGGAUGCCUUUGGGGGACCACAACCCCGCCGACGCGUCGUCGUACAAGUGUGCGGCCUGUGGCUGCCACCGCAACUUCCACCGCAAGGUGAUGAUGAAGAGGUCGCCGCCGCCGCCGCCGCCCAUGGUGGCGACCGUGCUCCAUGGCCUGCCGCAGCGCAGGGAGGAGACGCUGGAGGACCAGCUCCCGGGCGUCGACUCUGACACCGACUCGGAUGGCACGGAGUAUGACUCGGAUGCCACCGAGUACGACUCGGAAGGCACGGAUCGCCCGCUAGGGGAAUUGCAGAUCCAGAGGCUCACCGCCCAGCGCUUGCCGGCGACGGCGCCACCGCCCCAUGGGGUUAUUUCGAAGAGGAAGCGGUCCCGCACCAUGUUCACCGCCGACCAGAAGUUGCGGAUGCAGGAGCUGUCGGAGCACCUGGGGUGGCGUCUGCAGAAGCGCGACAAGGACAUCAUCGAAGCAAGGUGCCACGACAUCGGCGUCAGCAAGAACGUCUUCAGGAACUGGAUGAACAACAAGAAGCGCAAGAGAUUGCCGCAAUUGGCAUCGGAGCCUUCUUGUGUGACGACCAUACAACCCCUCUCGGCAACACCGUGGGCUAAGAUCACCAGUGCCGACGAAGAGUCGUGGUGGAUCGUGAAGACUAGGGUGGGCCGCUGGGAGGCGAUCGAGAUCGGCACCACCAUCCGAAGCGACAGCCGGCUAGCCCCUAAGGUAGUCUUCCAUGGUGUUCCACUGGAAAUAAUGACGAUACUCACCACCAAGCUCACGGCCAAGGACACCUGGGACACCCUGAGGACGAUCCGCCUUGGAGUGGCACACGUCUACGAGGCCACGCUCGCGACACUGUCCAGGCAUUACAGCGACAUCCGAUUCAUCAACUGCGAGAUGGUGGAAACUUUGCCAUGCGCAUCACAGGCAUGA